CGUAUCAAGAAUGUGGCUCCACGAGCUAUUUUAGUCGCUGUGGUUACACUUGCUUACUACGACGUCUGGAAACAUAUUACUCAGGCGCUCUUUGUUUACGAAGAUUUUGUGUGAAAACUGUUGCUUUUUAUAAAACUCAGAACAUUUUGACAUGUUCGUGUCGCGUUGCUUGGGGCGCUGUAAUGUUUGGGCUGGAAGUGUCAUGUCAUAAUUUUGAAAAAAAUUAUUCCAAGCGCUUUAUUUCUUUGUCGUGUUUGUUAUGGGAAUGAACAAAUAAUACUCACGAUAUUACUAAAUAAUAGACAUUUGUGUCAUUAUUUUCAACUUAACUGCAUCUGUACAAAUUGUUGCAACCGUUUAAGGAUGAUAUUAAAACUGUUUUCGAGAUUAAAUGUGGCGAAACUACAAAGUUAGAGACUCGGAGCUUAACAUUUAGAUUUAAAUAUAAGUUUGUCAGAAGGUAGCCGCCUUCAGCCCUGGCGAUGAUUCCGCUGUCCCCGGGCAUCGAGGGGCUGAGUCCCCCGCCAUACUGCCGAUGUCAUCGCUUUAUAUUCUAUCCGUUCCUUGCAGAACCAUCGUUCUGUCACGUGACGUCAACUUACCCGGAUCUGACGUCAUCAGUGGACUAUGAGACUGGACUUGCCACAUUGGCGGAGUCAUCUGUGGAUUCAUCGCAAUUUCGAUUAAUGGAUUCAAACAUAACGUUGUGGCAGUUUUUACUGGACCUGUUGGUAAGCAACAAGCACAAAGAGCUUAUACAGUGGACGAACAAUGAGGGCGAAUUCAAACUGCUCAACCCGGAGGAGGUUGCCCAUCUCUGGGGACAGCGCAAGAACAAACAAAAUAUGAACUAUGACAAGCUUAGCAGAGCGUUGCGAUAUUAUUACGACAAGAACAUCAUCAAGAAAGUGAUGGGACAAAAGUUCAUGUACAAAUUCGUGUCUUUUCCCGAAAUUGUGAAAACUGAAACAAAAGUGCCUUUCAAGCAGAAAAUGGAGACUCUGGCCCAAGAGUACGGGCAGCAGACGUACCCGCACCUAGCGUCCUACAAUUCGGCCGCCGUUAAGUCGUCUGCACAGAACGCCAUGAGCGGCUAUAUAAAAACUGAGGACUCCUCCUCGAACGAUAGUGACUCGUUUUUGAAGACCUCCGCGCGAAAACCGCAUGCAUAUAAUGGGUAUUUAAAACAAGAACAGCUCACAGUGAAUCAAUCUCAGGCUGCUCAGGAUUUCUCGUCGGCCUCGAUGCCUGUGCUGCCUAUUUCAGUGGUAUCCACUCAUUGUUCUGUGAUAGCCAGUUCAUCGCAAUCCUUUAACAAUUAUACCGAAGCAAAAUUUACAUCGGUUGCAUCGACACAAAAUAAUCAAAACAUUUCGAAAUCCAGUACAAAACCUAAACCAGGGCCGCUAACAUUAAAUGUGUCCGCGAAUCCUACACCCCCUCCUCCGCAUCAUCCUGUAGUGCAGACGACAAUUACCGAGCCUUCGCCUGGACCAAUACUCAGUCCGAAAUUUUUCCCGGUGCAUACGCCGUUUGCGCUGUUUCCCCCUAGAACGCCGCUACCGUUACAUUUCUGGAGCUCCCUAAGUCCUAUCACGACCAUCAGCCCUAGAAUGCCGUCGUCGUCAUCGGCGUUUCAAUUUCCGAACGGAAGUGGAGCGCAGUUGACUCUUCCAAAUUUCAGCGCCAUAGAGGGGUUGCAUUCGCCGGUUGUGUCUACUCCGAGCAAGAAAAUCCCCGUUCAGUCGUAACGCCUGUAGAACUGCUGCGCUAUUGACAGAGGCUCGUCCUGGGAAAACUGGGCUUAACCCAUUUAUGCCUAGUGGACUCUCCCAUCCUUCUAAAUUGGAUUAAUUUAUUUCCAAAAUUAGAGAUGUCUAGUAUAUUUAUUUCUAUAUUUAGAAUAUUUCUUACAUAAAUUUCUUUAAGCAAACAGCGCAGACCCUGAUGAGACGCCGCAUCAUGCGGCGUCUCUUCAGGGUCUACGCUGUUUGCCAAUGCCUUUUUUCUAGACGCUAGGCAUAAAUGGGUUAAUGCAUGUGCGUUAAGUGGCGUCCCAGAUUAGCGUGCUCAGUCCGCACAGGCUUAUCAGCUACGACACUUUCCACCCGAACUCGAUUUUCGCUAGGAAGAGAUAUCGUUUAAACGAAACAUUCAAUCGUAUCGAAAAGUUUCGUCCUUGAUUAGCCUGUGCGGACUUUACUUGCUAAUAUGUGGCGACACUGAACGCACUUGCUUGAAGCCUAGUUUUCUCGAAACGUGGCUAAAUAAGUAAUAUGUGAUUGAAGUGCUAUAACAUUCAGGUCAGUCAUUUUUAAUGAGUUAGCGGUCUGUGUUGUUGGCGCAAUUUAGCCCUUAAAGUGCUAUUAUUUACAUGAAACAAGUGAUAAAAAUCAUGCCCGAUAUCUUGUGAAUUGUAAAUUUGUACUUGCACAUUAAACAUAUUGCCCACAUAUGAAAUGCACAACAGUACGCCCGAUAUAACAUACUACUUUGUAGCGCAAUGUGUGGAUUGUCAAUAUAACGUGGGGAGAGUUUGAGAUUUUCACUGUCAUAAGUACAAAGUUAACUGUAUGUAUACAUUGGAGCGAAAGGCUGUGACGGCUUUGACCAAUACACAAACGGUUGUCCAUUUGUAAUUAAAACGAGGCUUUUAUGAUGUCAUUGCGCUUUCAUGUUUACCUUUUGUCAUAACUGGUCAAAUAAUUUUGUGGAAACCCGUUCAUCAUUUUGUAAAACACACUUGAGACACACGUUUAAAUAUAUUUAUACCAUGAUUAUUUGUUUUCGAUCAAAUGUCAAUUUUUUUUUUGAAACUCAAACAAUUUUAUUUAAGUAAAUACAGGCCACCGGCCCAAAAAUGCACAAUAUACACAUAUUAUAUACAAUAUGAAUCGCGUCAUGCGAAAAAAUGGUCUAAUGAUUCCAUCUGCGGCCAAUGUAGAUGCAGACUAGCCUGCGCAUGCGCGAACUAUGUUCUGAAGCCACCCUGUCAACUGUCACGCAAGGUUUCUAAAUCUUACAAGAUCAGAAGUCGAAGGUCAAAGGUCAAAAGCAUGUAAAAGUGCAGGGGAUGACCAAACUUGUAUGGACUGUAAAUUCAUCAGUGUUCAGGCAAUUUGAUGUAAUGAUUUGCCAUUUAUUUGAAAAUAUUUAUAUAUUCCUUACAAAUAAGAUCUGCUAGGGCAAAGAGUAGGGGCAAGAUCUGCUAGGCAGAAAAAUGAUUCAAAUUAAUUAUAAACAUUAUUGUAAACAUGCUUAAAACGCUGUCAACUGACAUCUGAGGAUAUUCUUGUGAAGGGUUAGUUAAUUAUAAUAUGUUUUAUUUUUAUUUUAUUAUACUUUUUUAUUUUCUAAACAUAUGUAUUUGCUUAUAUGAUAUACAUGCAGCAAUUGUGUAUGUUAUUUUAUAAAAAUGUUGACAUAUUUUAAACAACACUUAUAUUUUGAGGUAUGGAAUCUAGAUUAAACUUAAAAAUGUGUGAAUAUAAGACCACCGCCAAAUACUACAUUAAUUUGAGUUUAAUUUGAGUUUCACUAUACCGAUGUGAUCUAUUAAUGCAUAUUUAUUAUGAACUACCACCAUUUUCGUGUGAAAACAUAAAAAAAUAUCCAAAAUAUUAUCCUAUAUCUUACAAACUCCAUGACUGGGUUACCAUGACAAUUUAUGCAUAGUUAUAACUUGAAAACUGUUGUUGUUUUUUCUUGAAAAUUUAUCAAUAUUGUUUUUCUUGAUGCAACUGUUCUGUUUUAAGUCAUUCAUAGCUGGGUUGUUUAUUUUAAGUCCUAAUCAGUUGUAUUCUCAGGAAUCCACCUUAAGCUUUCAUUUUACAUGUAUCACAGUGUGUAUUGUUUUACAUAUUAUUUAGCCUCGCUCAGCGAAAAGGGGCUUUAAUGCAUGUGUGUAAAGUGUCGUCCCAGAUUUACAUGUGCAGUCCGCACAGGCUAAUCAGGGACGACACUUUCCGGUUUUAUUUAAAUAAUUGUUGAAAGGAAGUGUCUUGUAAACAAGCAUUCCGUAUCGGCGGAAAGUUUCGGAUUGCACAGGCUAAACUGGGACGCCACUUUUCGCAUAUGCAUUAAGUCCUCUUUUCCUAGAUCGAAACUCUUUAUAAUCUUAAAGUAGUGUUGUUUUUAUGUUGCGCAUUAUCCUUAACGAUAUUAUUAGUGCUAUCACGUUAUUAAACAUCAUAAGCGACUCGGGUUCCGAGAACUGCAUAUUACUAUUUAUUUAAAAUGUAUUCUGAUAACAUUGUAUUAGGCGUGUUAAAGAUUUUAAGGAAGGAACUAAGAAAGAAAGGAGUUGUAUUUCGCCCCCUGAAUUAUAGCGUUCUCACUUUUGUUGAAUAUGUGAAAAAAAUGGAACAUUGUCACCUCGACAAUCUGUGAACAAGUCACUUUAUGUUCAAGUGAUUCUUUGCCUCAAUUCCCUGCGGGAAAUUAUUUUAUUUUGAUGGACAUUUGACAACACCCAUUCUGUGUAAUCUAUGCGUUUAAAAAUAAAUCAGUUUGUACCGAUAUAAGAGACAUUCCGUGUCAAGAUGACAUAAUACAUUAGUUUCCUGUUUUCUAGGAAACGCAGACUCGCCAGGUAGCGGAAAUCGUACGUAGUGAGUUGUCAAUUAACAAUCGUCAGAUACCUUACUUGUGCCUGAUCCUCUUACGUGCGAUUGUUAACCCUUUCAGCGCUGGAACCGAAUGUUUAAGGCCUUUGCAAACAGUUUGGAUCCAGAUGAGACGCCACAGAACGUGGCGUCUCAUUAGAAUCCAAACUGUUUGCUAUUCUGAUGGUAAUCUUUGAAAAAAAAAUCGAAGAAAAUGCUAAUUUUAGAAAUGCAGCAGACGACAUUUUAGCAGACGACAAAUUUCCCAGCAUGCAAAGGGUUAAGGCGUUACAUAAAAGAAAUCGUCUGGCCAAUAAGAUCUCGAUCCAUUGUCAAUCCAGCUCAAGUUCCUUGUUUAUGAAAACCCGGCUCUUGACCCGCAACAUUUAUUGGUGUUUGCAUGCAUUCCCGUUUACAUGAUUCAUAUACGAAUGAAAAGAACAUUUUCAGGAAUUUAAUAAACAUCAAACCAUAAA